GCUUUGCAAGGCAGCCUAAUCGCGCUGCCCCAAGAGUGCAGCAAUGGUUCCCUAGCGCCAGAUGCCGCGGAAGCGCGCACGACAGAGCCACAACAAGUGGUGGUGGGCCGCCGCGGCAGCCGUAGCAGUCGUCGGACGCCUCGCGGCGCGGCAGAAAGUAGCGCCGAGGAAUGGCUGGCGCGGCGACGCCGGGGCGGCGGACCUGCUCCGCGGCCUCCCACCAAACGGCUGCGACGUCGACGCCGCGGCCGCGAUCUCGUUACGAGACUUCGAGGCGGAGUACCGCGGCAAGAAGCCCCUGCUGCUGCGCGGGGCCGCGGCGCACUGGCCCGCGCUCGAAAAGUGGACGCGUGCGUACCUGCUCGAGCACUUCGGCGAUCGAGCGGCGAACGUCGGCACGGGCUCGGACAUUAUAUACGCGGGCGGCGGCGCCGCGAACCACGCCACUCUUAGAGAUCUCCUCCGCCAGAUGCGGAACGGGUCCGACGCCGUCGCCUUCGACGCGCGGCUCCUCGGCACGCUGCCGGAGCUCGCGAGGGACUUCGCGGCGCCGCCGGUCCUGGCGCGGGCCUUCCCGGCGGCGGCGUCCUACGGCCUCCUCAGCCUCGGGCCCUCGCGGUCGGGCCUGCCGCCGCAUGCGCACGGCGAGGCGUGGCUCGGCCUCGUCGCCGGCCGCAAGCGCUGGUUCCUGCGCGCGCCGGGCACCGCGAUCGAUGAAGAGGGGGCCGUCCACCGCUGUGUGGAAAUCAAAAUGUUACGGCGCGUUCGUGCUGAAUCGUCGCGUCGACCUCCACGCCAUCGACGCGACGCCUGCUCGAUGGCGUGGCGACGCCGGUUCCUCUUUCCUCGACGGGGCCAGAACGGCCGCGCCAUCGCCGAGAAAUGACUUAGUGAAGAAUUGUCGGAUGCACCCGACGCACUGGUUGAUUUCCACACAGGUCCACCCCCUCGCGUCGAUCCGGGACUGGGCGGCGAUCCUCCGGGGGGGCUGCCUCCAGGCGCCGGGCGACGUCCUGUACGUGCCGCGCGGCUGGACGCACGCGACGCUCAACGUCGGCGAGGCCCUCGCCGUCGGCGAGCAGGCGCAGUGGCCGGCGACGGACCGCCUGCGGCGCGCGCGCGCCGUCCUGGCGCGCGCGCCCGACGACGUCCGCGCGCUGCACUCCGCGGGCGUCGCCGCGGCGCACCUGGGGCGCUUUGACGAGUCCGUCGCGGCCCUCGGGCGGGCCGUGGCUCUGACGCGGUGCCUCCAGCCCGAGGUCGCCGUGCUGCUGGCCGAGGCCCUGCACGCCGCGGGCCGGCCCGAGGAAGCCUCCGAAACGAUCGAGCGGUGCCGCGGCGCCCACGCGGCCGAGCGCGCGGCGCCGACGCGGGCCCACCCGCCUUCUUCCGAGGCGCUCGCGGCGGCGCACCUCAAGUUCGCGCGGUUCUACCUCGGCGCGGACGCGUUCGACGCCGCGCUGGGCCCGCUCGGCGACGCGCUACAGCUCCGGCCGGCGUACGCGGAGGCCCUUCUAGAGCGGGCCUACGCCUUGCAGCGCCUGGGCGACGCGCCGGGCGCGCGCGCCGACCUCCUCGCGGCCGACGCCCUCGCGCCGGGCGACGUGCGAGUUGCGCGGGCGCUCCGGGCGCUCGGGUAA